AUGGCCGACGCCCACAACACCACCCCCGCCACGGCGGUUCCCGCCGCCGCUGCCGACAACCAUGUUCACGGCGACACGGCCGCCUCGGUCGCCGAUUCCGCGAGCUUCCCCGCUCAGUCGAUCCCCCGUCCUGCCGGUUGGAUCUACAAGGGCUGGCGCAUGUUUGGCCGUGAGUACUGGUACGCCUCGCCGCGCAUCCAGCUCUUCAUGGUCUCCUUUGUCUGCUUCCUCUGCCCCGGCAUGUUCAACGCCCUCAGCGGUCUCGGCGGCGGUGGUCAGGUCAACCCCAAGGCCGCCAACGACGCCAACACGGCCCUCUACAGCACCUUUGCCGUCGUCGGCUUCUUCGCCGGCUCCUUCGCCAACCGUCUCGGCCUGCGCAUCACCCUCUCUCUCGGUGGCAUCGGCUACUGCGUCUACGCUGCCAGCUUCCUCUCGUACAGCCACACCAAGAACCACGGCUUCGUCGUCUUUGCUGGCGCCUUCCUCGGUGUUUGCGCCGGUCUGCUGUGGGCCGCCCAGGGCGCCAUCAUGAUGUCCUACCCGCCCGAGAACGAGAAGGGCCGCUACAUCUCCUGGUUCUGGAUGAUCUUCAACCUCGGCGCUGUCAUUGGCUCGCUCAUCCCUCUGGCUGACAACAUCAACAGCCGCAGCGGCCAGGUCAACGACGGCACCUACGCCGCCUUUAUCAUCCUCAUGUUCCUCGGCGCCGUCAUGGCCCUGUUCCUCGUCGAUGCCGGCAAGGUUCAGCGUGAGGAUGGCUCCAAGGUGAUCAUGAUGAAGAACCCUUCGUGGAAGUCGGAGCUUCUCGGCCUGUGGGAGGGCAUCCGCGACCAGCUCUGGAUCCUGCUGCUGUUCCCCCUGUUCUUCACGUCCAACGUCUUCUACACCUACCAGAACAACGGCAUGAACCUCAUGCACUUCAACAUUCGCACCCGCGCCCUCAACAGUCUGCUCUACUGGCUCGCGCAGAUCAUCGGUGCCCUCGUCAUGGGCUACGGCCUGGACUUCCCCGGCGUGCGUCGCUCGUGGCGCGCCCGCGGCUCCUACAUUGUCCUCAUUGUCCUGACCAUGGAAGAGUACAUGGGUUCUCUCUCCAACUCGUCUCGCAAGGCUGCCAACCUCGCUGGUUUCUACAAGGGUAUCCAAUCUGCCGGUGCCGCCGUCUUCUGGCGCCUCGACGGUCUCGAGACGCCCUACGACACCAUCUUCGGCGCCACCUGGGGCAUGCUCGGUGCUGCCCUCCUCAUUGCCGCUCCCGUCAUCUGGAUGCGCAUCAAGGACACGACCGAUGUCGAGGAGGAUCUCCGUGGCACCGAUGAGACUGUGGAGGAUGUCAUCGCUCCCGGCAAGCUGGCUGAGGAGGAGAAGCGUGCUGCUGUCGUGUAG